CUCGGAUUCUUCCGCUUCGUCUGACGCUUUUGCUCCUCGAUCGUGUUGUACUUUUGCAGCUUUUUUUUUUUGGAUUUUUUUGGUGAAUUUUUGGCGAGGCGAUCAGGGGAAGAUGGGCUCGAAUCCUGGGGAGUGGCUUUUCGACUACGGCGGGAUCGUCGGCGGCGACUCUUACGCCUCUGAUUUCAUCUGGGACGCUCGGGUCAUCGACGAUCCCUCGGCUUCGAGCACAAUGCUUGGGUUCGGUGUUUUGCACAAUGAGGACAACUGUCCAAAUGGUUCCCUAAAGAAAAGAACCCGUGUGGAGUCAUGUGCUCCACCAGGUACAAAGGCUUGCCGUGAGAAAAUGCGAAGAGAUAGACUCAAUGACAGGUUUACGGACUUGUGCUCCAUAAUGGAUCCUGGAAAGCCUCCUAAGACAGACAAAUUUGCCAUUUUGAGUGAUGCCACUCGUCUUCUGAACCAAUUACGUCUUGAAGCGAAGAAGUUUAGAGAGUCAAAUGAAGCACUCCAGGAUGCCAUAAAGAAUCUGAAGGCAGAGAAAUUGGAACUACGGGAUGAGAAACUGAGGCUGAAGGCUGAGAAGGAGCAGAUCGAACAGAUGCUUAAAGCCAUUAGAAUUGCACCUCAGUUCAUUACUGAACCUAGUGCCGCAACACUUCAUGCAGCAUCAAUUGCAGCUUACAGCAAAACCAUCCCAUACCCAAACUACCUGCCGGCGGACAUGUGGCAAUGGAUACCUCCGGCAGCUUUGGAUACUUCUCAGGAUCAUGUGCUAAGGCCACCUGUUGCUUAGUCAUCUUCUCCGUUAUCCUUGCAUCAAAAUUCCUCAUCAUUUAACUUCUAUUGGUCGCCACUGUCAACUUAUCCAAAAUGCUGUUAGUAAUUUAUUGGUUCUGUAAGAGUUUCCGAGUCCCACUCAAGCUUUGGGAUCCUAUGAAACUAUAACAAAAUUAAAGAUCUUAUGAAGAUGGAACAUGCCAUAGUCUUGUUUCUGGAA